GUUGAGGCGCAGGCCUCGGCGCUAUGGAUCCGUUUCUGAUACUGCUGCACUCUUUCUCCUCGAGGCUGUCGGCAGAUGAGCUCUCUUCCCUCAAGUUCCUCCUGAGGGAGAAGAUCGGGAAAAGGAAGCUUGAGGCUGCCCAGAGCGCGGGGGAGCUCUUCAGCAUCCUCCUCGAGCAGCAGCUGAUCACAAGCGAUCAGACGGCGUUGCUUGAAGGCUUGUUUAAGACUAUUAACAGACAUGACUUGGUCGCAGAACUAAAGCAGUUCGUGGAGCAAGGAGAAGUUAGUGCUUCUGAUAAUCAACCAGAUGCGCAUGAAAAACGUCUCCAGAAUGCAGCUUUUGAAGUCAUAUGUGAAAAUAUCGGGAGAGACUGGAAGAUGCUGGCACGAAAACUGGGCCUUUCUGAAGUGAAAAUGGAAAGAAUAGUGGCAGAGUAUCCAUUUAGCUUGUAUGAACAGCUGUUUCAGUCCCUGCAAGCGUGGCAGAAAGGGAAGGGAAAAGAUGCAAAGGUGGCUGACUUACUGAAAGCCCUUCGGGGCUGCCAUAAGAAUUUGGUGGCAGACAUAGUUGAACAGAAGCUCUCACAAUUGGAUGCUGGAACCAGCUUACAUCAACAUCAAAACAAUCCCACAUCCCCCAGCGAGGAGGAGAGAAGUACCAAGUGCCUUCCACUCUUCUGAACCAAACUCAGUAUUGGUGGCUCAGUUACUUUUUCUGCUAUUAACUUACAUGCCUUAAUAUGUUGAUUUGUGGUCAGAUGAAGAUUAAUGUAAAACCAAAUAACUUUGAGGUAAUGCUUUGUAGUUUUAUGCUUUCUUUAAGAGAUUUGAACUUGCACAAGACCCGAACUCUGUGUGUUGUAGAAAUUCUCACACUUUCCUUCUACCACUCACCUGAAAACAAGAUCUGCUUUACUGCUGGUAAUUGUCAGAUGUGUCUGCUCUGAAAAUGCAUCCAUGGGACACUUCUGCGGCAGCUGUAGUUAAAAUUUCAUGGGGAGGCUGUUUUUUUUGUGGCCUAUUAUAAUUGUAAUAUGAAAGGGGGAAAGAAUAGCUUAGCUCUGUACUGGCUUUUCUCUUUAAGUAGCAUAAGAUACUGUCUUCCAUAAUUUGUCAAAUACACUUUCUCUUUGUAAAAGGACAUGAAGAUGACCGUAACCUCUGGCUCCACAACUGCAGUGUGAGGAGGGUAGGAACUAUUGUGGUGGCUUUUUAUUGGCAGGAAAUGGUUGAAAAUUAACUAAUUUAAAUCGGAAUGUCUGCAUCGAGUGCCUGCCUUCAUCCUGAAGGCGAUGUUCUCCUGAAGCUAUGAAAGAAACUCUGUGUGUGUCACGGAUCUUUACAUCAGCCUCUCUUUACUGCCGUCAGUGCAAGAUUCUUUCCUAGGAAUCCUCUCAGAACCUGCAUCACAGAUGUCUGUAUCCCAGUCAUGUCUGCUGGAAGUUGCAGCUUACCUCAUACGCAUCUGCAGUUAUCUCUGCUCAUAGUAACAAAACUGUACUGUAACAGCCUAGAAAACAAACUGGGUUUAGCGAAGGGGUGUGAAAGCCUCCUGAGAGCAGAUACAUAAUAUGGACUUUUCUUUAGUGGUAUCCCUUGAAGAUCAGCUGCUUUUGCUUUCCACCGCAGGUUGUUGUCUUCAGAAGUUACUCUAGAUCCAACAACUCUUCCAAGUCCUCUGCAGUUGUUUAGUUCAUUCCUGUGCCUUUACACCUUUUGGAAGUGGUUGUGAGCAACUUGCAGAGCAAAGAGGGUGUGAACGAGACCAGAUUCAGCUUUAAUGUGGAACAGACUUCAGAAAUGGCCUUCAUGCCUAAGCUAAGGGUGGAAAAGUUGCACAAGCUUCAAGACAUGCAGGGCUGUAGAGAACUGUUCUGUAUGUGAGGGGUGAAAGUCCUCUGAAAUCGUUAUGUUGGAAUGAGUAGGAUUGUUUGUUACUGCAGACAUCCUCACAGAUACUGGGAGAGGAGAGGCUCCUUUUUUGCUGUGACUGAGCCCCUUUCAGUUAUACAUGGUGCCUUUACUGUGAAAGCCAGGUGUCAGUGUGUAACAUACCACUGCUCUGCAUAAACGCUGUGACAUUGAUAACUUUCAAGUUUUUGCCUCUGGUUUUCACAAUGACACCUGAAAACUUGAUCACAGUUAACGGAAGGUGCUGUAAUGUGAACUUAUCAUUUCAGUAAGUUUUUGCCUUAACUGAUACAAGUGUUUUUCUAAUCAUCGUAUAUUAAAUAUCAGUGAUUGUAUGCAUGCAAAGAAGCGAUGGGUAAAUACAGAAGUUCCCAUUUGUCUGCCUUUUAGGCAGGUGCAGACCUCUUAAGUACUUGCUCCAACAGUUGUGUCAGUUGCCAGCUUCAGACUUGCAGUAGGAGAUCCAGUCUGCACUUCAGCUGAAUGACCACCUCAGAUGUUCUGGAGGGUUUUAUUUAAUAGGUACAGUCUUCAUUCUGUAGCAUUUAAAGAAAAAUACUACUUCAGCCUUUUUUGCUUUAUGCGUCUAAGCAAUCUGUGUGAGCAGAGUGGAAGAGAAGUGAAGUUAGCAAGAUGAGUUAUGUUUGUGGUGAGACAGCUGUGCAGCAGUUCUGAGCUCAAUCUGAGCAGCAACAUGUUUUUCUUACCCACUUGUACUAGGUCUUUUGGUUCUCAGAAGGUAGAUUUAUCUGGAAUAUGAACAGGAGUAUCCUGCCUGCUGCAUAUAACUAAGAUACCUUAGGAAUCAGUAAGGAUAACUUGUUAAUUGUAUCCAAGUGCUUGUCAGCUGCAAGAAAUACUCUGUCUCGUAAGAUAAAAUCCCUUGUUUCUUUAAGGAGUUGUACACCAUGGAUGUUCUGCUGUGUGUGAAAGCCAUGAUCUAGACUGCAUCAAUCCAUGCAGUACCUCAGGGCCAAUUAAACUGUUUUUAUUAGAGAUUAAAAACUUAAUUAUGUGGGGAAAAGAUCAAAUGGAAUGAAUGGAACAAAAAUUUUUCAUUGGGAGGGAGGGGUAAGGGAAAAGGGCUCAAUUUGUAAGGAGAUGUGUUGUGAUCCAGGGAGUGAGCUUUUAUUUUCCAAUGAAGCUUUUUGGACUCAAAAGUUAUUUUUACAACUUUUAAUUCCAAGUUUUCUAUUGUCUCACUUUGUGCACAUUUCAUUAAAAAUACUUCCUUAAAACCAAAAUAAA